GUUUUCCCUGGCUGAAAAGAAUAUUGCAACAACGAAUUCGUCCUUAGCAUUGAUUGAGUCGAAGAUAUUGUACUUUAAACAGGCAAAGGAAAGGGGUGACGUUGUGGCGUUGCUCCAGAUGUACCCAUCCAUCAAGAAGGGCUUCGAGGAAUCAUUUGGUCAGUGCCAGCCAGAAACCGAAGAGGCUGGUGUUAGCUUUACUCCGUUUCUUGGAUCCCUUUUGGAAACACUGCUUUCAGAAGUAGGAUGUGUUACGACCACAACAGAUUCUACUCAACAUGCCGUCAACCAUGGUUUGAUGUCCCUGUUGAACAGAGUAGUCGAUGCAGCUUCAGCGUCGCUGGGAAGGAAGGAACUUCUGCAAUAUCUAAAGCAGAAAGCGGAAGCUUUAGAAAGUGAAACUUGCAGGAAAUGUCUAACAGGAAAGGCAGCUAUCACUCUUCAAUGUAGUCAUACCAUCUGUAAAGCCUGCCUCGUGGUCAAGGAACAAUGGUUAUGUCCCGUGUGCAAAACCGGAAAUAUGCCGCCUGGAGAAAUGACUACAACAGUGAUCCCUGACGGGCUACCAGGCUACAGGAAAUAUGACACCAUUAUGAUAAAAUAUGUAUUUCUGGGCGGAAUUCAAACGGAGGGACAUCCGAAACCAGGAACCCAGUAUCAUGGUGAUACAUUCACCGCCUACCUGCCCAAUACUCCCGAGGGACAGAAGGUGCUGGCUUCGCUGAAGGUCGCCUGGAAGAGGAAACUGACGUUCCAGAUUUACCACGACCCGCUUGGACUCUACUUACUGAAAUACCGCAUCCAUCACAAGAAGUCAAAGGUCGUAAAUGCAAGCAAUACGGAUGACGGUUAUCCUGAUCGCAACUAUCUCAGAAGAGUCCAGGAGCAUCUGGUUGAACUUGGGGUUACAGAAGAUUGUCUCAAGUAGUUACAGAACGGUCUCUCAAGUAGUUACAUAACGGCCUCUCAAGUACUUACAGAACGGUCUCUCAAGUAGUUACAGAAAGGCCAUUCAAGUAGUUACAGAACGGCCUCUCAAGUACUUACAGAACGGUCUCUCAAGUAGUUACAGAACGGUCUCUCAAGUAGUUACAGAACGGUCUCUCAAGUAGUUACAGAACGGUCUCUCAAGUAGUUACAGAAGAUUAUCCCAAGUAGUUACAGAACGGUCUCUCAAGUAGUUACAGAACGAUCUCUCAAGUAGUUACAGAAUGGUCUCUCAAGUAGUUACAGAAUGCUCUUUCAAGUAGUUACAGAAUGGUCUCUCAAGUAGUUACAGAACGGUCUCUCAAGUAGUUGGAGAAUGGUCUCUCAAGUAGUUACAGAGGCAGACAGCUGUCUCGAAGAAGAGCUUAACAGAACUUUGCAAGGUGGAUUAGGCGAACCUCCAAUUUACCAACAUCAUAUGAAAGCCAUUGUUAUAUGCUUUACAUCUCACAGGACCUACUUAAAUAAUUAUGUUUCACUAUGAUUGUCGAACUCAUGUGUGUUAUGUUUAAAUUACAAAAAUUGUCGAUUCUUUGUGAAAGGGACCAUGAGCACGUCAUCGUGUGGCAAACAGAAUUUACAGUCAGUAUAUUGAUUGUUUAUAGUUUAUGUUUAUGCAAUAUGGUGGCUGUCUGUAAAUCCAGUGAUCAACAGCAUGAACAUCGAUCUUCGCAUCUGGGAUACUAUAUACCCGAUCCAGUUAGUCGCCUCCUACGACAAGCAUGGGUUGCUGAAGAUCAGUUCGAACCCGGAUUUUCACGGGUGACUGAGACUGAACCGCGGGACGACAUUAUUUGUGAUCGGAAACGCCCAGAAGAACUACUUAGAUCUAUAUGACCAUUUUGGUAACUUUUAUAAAGAAAACUGAAUAUGCGUUUCACAGUUUCACAUUGUCUCAGUACAUGUCUUACAGACUGGGCGAAGUCGAAAUGAGACAUCAUAACGUGGAAAUAUUGCUUUCAGAUGGUUUCUGCGCAUAUUUGUAGUGCGGAAACCGGAAUCGUAUUAUUUCAUAUGCAUACAAUAGGUUCACUAGUCACGAUUGAUGUACUAUUCUAUGUAUAUUUAUGUUCCCCUCGCUGGAUCAGGGAACAUAAACAAACAUAGAGGGUACAUCAACCCAUGGGCCCCGAGGGACCAGGGAACAACGUAUUGUUAUUUACCUCAAUGGUAAUUUUGAACUGUUAGAAGCACAGGUAUUGGAUCGUAAUAGGAGUACCGGAGUUAGGCAACAACCCAAACACUGCUAACACGAAGUACCAAACGAAUUCCCACAGUUCGGCAUUUCCAGCGGGUAACAUAGAGCAUGUUACUCGCUUGAAAGCGGGGAAGGGCGGAUACAGAUUUUUGAGAAAGUGUGUGUGUGUGUGUGUGUGUGUGUGUGUGCGCGCGCGCGCGCACACACUAUUGAGAAAAGGAUGGGUGCACACUUCAUUUUCACCCGAUUUUCAUGGUCAUUUA